GGUGUUAGGAUUAGGGUUAGCCCUUUCUGUCUCUGUGACGAAAGACCACCCUGGCUUCAGCUUCCUUGGGGAGCUGUUUUCGCCAGAUUCUUUAGGGACAAAGGCCUCCCGGCCUGCCUCAGAGACCGGGAAGAGUCCGCCCUCGAAGUCAGGGUGAACCGGAACCCAGGGAAACCCACUGGGAUUUUGGUCAUUGAUUAUUAUGACGGGGAAAUACCUUGGAGGGGUCUGGAAAGGACAAGGAACAAUUUAUUUAGUCUACGAUCCCAGAGCUUGUCUCCUGGUAGAAGAGACUGAAAAUGAGAAAGCGACUGUACUGAGGUUGAGGCAGGCCUGGUGGAGGCCAGAAAAAAAUACUAGUUUUCCCUGUGGCCAAGUAGGGGCACUUGGAGGACGCUGCACUGCGGUCUCAGGAUUCUCUUAAUUGAAGACGGGGUCAGAUGGGAGGGCUUGGAGCCCCUCAGGACACACCCUCUUCAGCCCCAUAUAUUCCUCCCUGCACAUAAAGACCCUUGUUGUGGAAAUAGUCACUUGCACUGAAACCUUUUCCUUCCUAUUCUGCUUCCUUUAAUGGGAAACUCAGCCUUUGUGAGUUGUUAAUAUGUGCAUUUCAAUUCUCAUUUACCUUAAAAUACUAAGGUCCAACUAAGAAUGACUACCUCUUCAUUACUAGUGUUAUACUAGGAUCUGUGAGGAGAGGGAGUUUUGUAGAUGGUAUUUCUAGCCUCUGAGAAUACAAAAGCAUGUAUACAGAUAGCAUGGUGACAGGUGAAUGCACAGAGGACAGGAAUAAUCAUAAGACAUGAAUUUUAAUGUCUGGAGUAUCAAAGAUGUGCUCAGUAUUCCCUCAGGCUCUGGGGCCACUAAGUCGUCUAACUGGAAUAACAAUCAGACUGAUUACUCCAGUCUCAGUGAUUCCCAGUUUCUUUUUGGAUCCCAGUUCUGUCCAGAAAGUUCACAGACCCUGUCAACACCCUUGGACUCUGAGGUCCACUUGAGACAUCCAAAACAGUCACAACAGAAUUCUCUGGAUAGUGAACCUAGUAUUUUCGCAAAGUACCAAACAAAACCCCAGCUGCUUGGAGGAGAUACAAAAGAUGGAGGCUUGCUUCCUCUUCCUUUGUCUCUUGGAAAACCAAAAGGCCUCUUGGAACAGUUUGAGGAGAAAAAGAAAAGUGCAAAAGACAGAUGUGACAGUGAGACUUUAUACAACUUCAUUUCCCAUAUCAGAGAAAGCAUUCACAAGUUACAGACAUCAGUGGAAGAGUCUGAGGAACAUCUCAGUUCCAAAAGUCAGUCUAUUUUGGAUUCUUUGGAAACUGUGGCCAAGACAUGGCAGGAGGCUGCAAAAGCUCAGAGUGGUCUGAUGUUGGAAAGAGUGCAGGACAAAGGCAACGUGGAGCAGGCCAUCCUUGAGUUGCAAAAGAUAUUCGAAGCUAGACAAACAGAGUUUAUAGAAAUGAAGUCCAACCUGAAGCACCUUGAAGUUUUGGUUACCCAGCAGAGUAAGGACUUUCAGCAGCUGUGUGAGCAUCUGAGCCAGCUGAAUAUGCCCAGUGUUCUAGCACAGUUAAAGCAAUUGACCUCCAUCGCUCUGACACCCAAACACGUGAAAGACAGUGCCUCUCAGACAUCACCACCUCUGGCACACAGCCUCAGUUUCACCAGGCAGGACAAAUAUACCUCUGAGAAGCCAGUUAUGUGGCAGGCCCAGGCCCUUCCCGCUGCAUGCAGUCUUAGUGUGGGCUCCGCAAGGCCCAGGGAGUUUGUUGUCUGGGGUGAGGGAUCAAAGAGGGAUGCUCUCCAAGAAGAGGCUGUGCAGCCGGCAGUUGGAACUGGCAAAAGAAACAGGCAAAUCACGGACAGGGCAGUGCAGACUAGUUACCAGAACUCUGUUACUAAAACAGGCUCUGAGAACUGUGGCUCUCCCCUCCUGGGUCACAAAGUUCCUGAAGCUAGGGACCCAGUUUCCCAAGGAGACUCGCAGCUUAUAUCUCGAGGAUAUAAGGACUUAAACAACUCUGCAACCAGCAUUAAGAACACCAGCCAAAAAUGGCAAGCUAAAGGCAUAUUUUCAUGUGACCCUUGUGAACAAAGGUUGGUGACCGAACAGAAAGGCAUAACUGUAGAAAGAGGGAAAAAAAGCAAGCAGCAGCAGCCCAGGAAAGCCCCCAGAAGAAGGUCCCUACGCAGGAAGCAAGAACAAAUGCCUAGCAAAACCUGUGUUUCUAAUUCUAAAUGUCCUAGGCCUCCAGUUUCCAGUUCACAAAGGUCCCCCUGGGGGCAGCAGGAAACUCGUGCUCAGCCCCUGCCACUUCGGGGCCCUGGGAGCCCCACAAAUCUAGUCUGCUCUGCUCAAGGAGGAACAGUCCUGCCCAGUCAGACCACGAGGGCAGAGCAAGGGAACCGCAUGCAGCGCAGCGGGCGCUCCGCCCAAGACAACAGCCUGCGGCCGCCCGGUGCCCAGGGGGACCACCGGAUGAGCUGGUUCAGUGACCUCAACGACCUCAACCCCAGGACAGAGCCCCCUCAGUCCCAGGAGUCGGGGAAGAACAUACUCUAUGACCUGGGUUUUGAUAGCAGCGAUGAUGGCUUCUGACCAGCCCAUGAUGACUUUGGCUGAUGGUUUUUGGUCUUGUUGGAAAGACAAAUCACAGAACAUUUGCGGUGGCUGAUGGCAGAGUUCUCAAAGCCUGUCUGGAACCUUCAGGGUCAGAGGCUGGGCUUGGAUGGGGCGCUGGUGGGGGUCAGUGGAGGGUGGGGAGCAGAUAGAUCUGACAUUCUGGGUACUGGGCACUCCCAUGACAGAGCAUAAGGGAUAAGUGCAUCCUUACUCAUGGGAGUGAAAUGUGUGAGGACGGUGUGAGGAGAGCUGAGGCAGCAGCCCGGGAGUGGGGCAUCAGCAGGAGGGUAUUGGGUCUGGUAGAAGGAGAACUGCCCUCCAUACAGAACAUCCAAUAGGAGAAGGGCUCUCACAAAACUGUUGCUAUGGCAGCAGGACUCCCAAACACAUCUUUUUGGUCUUCAAAACAUUUCCUUCACAUGACCAAUAGCUUUCUGGGCCUCGGGAUUUUUUUAAAAAUUUGUAUCCAUUUUUGCUGUGAGAACAUGUGCAUUUUGGGGGUCAGUGGAUGUAUUCCGGGACACACACUAGCUCAGACUUCUUGUGAACAGAGAAAUGAAAGUGUUAAAGCCUUGAAGAAAAGACAGGUGACUCACACUACAAGCGGGGAGCCGCACUUUUCACAGCCACGAAGUCCCACUCUUCUUCCCAGCUGUUUCCCCCUGCCCCGUUUUCCACCCUUCUUUUAAAGCUAAGGAGAGUGGCUGCAGGCCCUGCAUCAUUUCUGGAGAGCAGUGGGCUUAUGUGAGACUUUGGCUUUCCAUCUGUAUCUUGUUAAAGUUUUUGAAUUUUUGCAACAUAUGUUUCUUUUGUAAUUCAAAAUGAUCAAAUAAAGAUAAAACUUUAAAAAGCA